AUGAAGAAAACGUGCAAUAUAGUGCAUGAUCUCUUAAACUGUGCAAUCGGGAAAGAGACAAAAGCAGAGCUAAAAAACGAAGAAUUUUCGCUUCAAUUACUACAUCGCAAAAUACAGUUUACAGCUAACGGAUACUUUACGCUUGAUAAUACUUUUCUUCAUUCGCUAACUGGCACAAUGGUGACAUAUUUGAUAAUACUUGUGCAAUUUCAAAUGGGAAGCUCGCAGUCAUCGAUCAAUACCAACUAUACAGUAAGCAAUAUAACUAUACAAGGAAAGAAUUAA